AGAUUUUUCAGCAUGGACGAGGACGAAAUCUCUGAGAGGGAAGAGGAUGUUGAUGUCGAACAGGUCGAGGAUGAAAGUGCCGCCGAUGAAGUUGCCGAGGAGACCGUCGACGAAGACCAAGAGAAUGAGCAUCACGAAGAAGCCGAAAGGCCUAAGAGCCGCACUGCGCAGGAAGAGGAGAAAGCUCCAGCAGAGAUAACGGAAGCAGAAGCUGCCAUGCUUGCCGUCAAAAAACGCCAUGAUGAAGAAGAGGCAGCAAGAAUGCAAGAAUAUGAGGAAAAGCGUCGAGCUGAAAGAGAAAAAAUUGAUCAAGAAUUGCGCGAACUGAAGGAAAAACAAGAAAAAAGACGUCUCGAGCGUGAGGAGGACGAAAGACAAUACGCUGAACGCCGUCGUCAAGACGAGGAGCGCAUGAAAAAAGAGGAGGAAGAAAGAAAAGCGAAAAUGGAGGAGGAAAGGGCUCGUAAACUUGAAGAACGGAAGCGUCGUCAGGAAAUGAUGUCCGAAAGUUUUCGUGGGCAUUCUGGACAAUCUGGGAAAAACUUCACAAUUACAAAGACCAAUCAAGCCGCUCAAUUAGCAAACAUGGCUCAGGUGAAAGAGGAGCAGCACCUGAGUAGUAAGGCAAAACAGGAGCAAGCAAAGCGCACAUUCCUGGAGGCUGUGUGCCGUCCCGUCGAUGUCUCGAAACUUUCUUCAGCUGAUUUGAAAGCACAAAUCAAAGGCCUUCAUGCUCGCAUUGUCAAACUGGAGGGAGAGAAGUACGAUUUAGAAAUGCGCCAUGAGAAACAGCAGUACGAUAUGAGAGAGCUUCAAGAACGACAGAGACAGGUUGCUCGAAACGAAGCUAUCAAAAAAGGGCUUGAUCCUGAUGAAGUCGUUCCAUCGAAGUAUCCACCAAAAAUCACAAUGUUUUCAAAAUUCGAACGGCAGAAGGAUAGAAAAUCGUAUGGCGAUUGCCGUCAUAUGUUUGAGCACCCAAAGACUCAGAAACCUUUCACACUUGCUCACGGAACCGCUCGUCCUCCUAGCGAAUGGGGUUGUAAGGAAAAUGAAGAACUUGAACAAAUUCGCAAACGUGAGAAAAUAGAGUACGUGGAACUUGUCCCUGCUGAAGGUGAUGCCGCAAAGCCGCCAGUUGCUCCAAUACCUUUGGUGCUUCCCGAAAAAGACUUCGAAGGAGAAGAGCCAGAUGAAUCAACGGAAAAAGCACAAGAAGCUCCAGCAGAGGCAGUGGAGGAGCAAGCGUGAGCUUCGGCAGAAGAGUUUACGGCCUAAAACGUUCAAGAGCUUGUACUAAAACACACUUGUGAUAUUUGUUCAUGGUAUCAGGCUAUGAAUAAACUGGAAUUGGUAUACUGACUGAAUGCAAAAAUUGUAC